GAUGACGUGAAAUGACCCACUUCCGGUCUCUCUCUCGCUCAGUAAACAUGGCGGAUGGCUAACGGCUGCAUAUAGAAGACUUUGGAUACCUCUUUCAGAAUCAACACGUGUCUUUAUUUACUUCUGAUACGCUGAGCAGCGCGUGCGGGGCUUUGUGCUCUUAAGGGAUUUUUUUCUUUAUUAAAAGGUGAAGGAGACGCAGCGACACAAUGGGGCGACGCUCGACCUCCUCCACCAAGAGUGGGAAGUUCAUGAAUCCCACCGACCAGGCCAGAAAGGAGGCCAGGAAACGGGAGUUAAAAAAGAACAAGAAGCAGAGGAUGAUGGUGAGAGCGGCGGUGCUGAAGAUGAAAGACCCCCGACAAAUCAUCAAAGACAUGGAGAAGCUGGAUGAGAUGGAGUUCAACCCGGUCCAGCAGCCGUUGCUGAAUGAGAAAGUUCUGCGGGACAAGAGGAAGAAACUCCGCGAGACAUUUGAACGCAUCGUCCGUCUGUACGAGAGAGAAAACCCCGAAACGUACAAGGAGCUGCGGAAAGUGGAGCUGGAUUACGAGACAAAACGAGGGCAGCUGGCGCUCUACUUCGACUCCGUCAAGAAUGCAGAGUCAGUGGAGGUGGACAGCAUCCCUCUGCCAGACAUGCCUCACGCUCCCUCCAACAUCCACAUCCAGGACAUCCCCCUCCCCGGAGCCCAGCCGCCCUCCAUCCUCAAGAAGAACGCCCCUUUCGGAAAAGGAGCUCUGUCAGCUGGACCCAUUUUGUCGACGGUACCAGGUGUUCCUCGGUUACCUCCGGGGAAGAAGCCCCCCGGCCCCCCCCCAGGACCCCCGCCCCCCCAGGUGCUGGCCCUGUACGGCAUCCCCUCUCGAAGAGCUUACGGCACAGACACAGAGCCUUCUAUUCCGGGUUUGGAGAAGGACUCGGCGAUGGAGCUGGGCAGAGAUCGAGACAGCGACAGCGGCAGCGACAGAGACCGAGACGACGUGGACGAAGAGGACAGCGACUCUGAGGAAGACAGCGAGGAAGAGCGAGAGGAGGAGAGGGACGGAGAGAUGAGGAUGAGCGUGGACCGACCGGAAGAGGAGAGGGAGCGAGACGAGGACAGAGACAGGACCGAGAGGCAUGCUGGUCGCAGUGUACGUUUCGCUGAUUUGCCUCCAGAGGCUCCCCGCGACGGAAAGAAGAAGAAGAAGAGGUUGGUGAAGAAGACGAAGGCCAUCACCCCUCUGCAGGCCAUGAUGUUGAGGAUGGCAGGUCAGUCAAUUCCUGAGGACGAGGAAGAGGAGGAGGUAGAGGAAGAAUACACGGAUGAAUCUGACAGUUCGGACAUCGAGGACCGAGGACCCCCUGGGGAGAGCCAGCCUCACCUGAUGGCUAAUCCUCGACUCCCCCCUCCAGCUGUGGGACAGCAGGGACCUCCACACCUGCAGGGGCCUCCGAUGAGCGGGCCCCCACCCAUGGGUCCUCCCCCAAACCCUCCCAUGAGGCCCCCUGGUCCCCCGUCUGGCCCCCCACCAGGACCACCACCAGGUGCUCCUCCCUUCCUGAGGCCUCCCGGUAUCCCUGGAGGAAUGAGGGGUCCGAUGCCUCGCCUCCUGCCUCCUGGUCCUCCUCCCGGCCGGCCCCCAGGCCCCCCCCCUGGUCCUCCUCCUGGCCUCCCACCUGGCCCCCCACCCAGGGGACCCCCUCCCAGACUACCACCCCCUGCACCACCAGGUAUCCCACCUCCUCCCCCGAGAGCAGGAGGACCCCCCCGGCCCCUCGCCCCCCCCCUCUCCCUGUUCCCUCCCCCUCUCAACUCCAACGUGCUCAGCGCUCCUCCCAACAUCGUGCAGCGGCAAAAAGGCUCCGGAUCCAACCAGGAAGGUCCUCAAAACAACAUGCCGCCGCCCCCUCCGAUGCCCAUGUCCAUGCGCCAAGGGGGGGUCAUGCAGAUGCCCCCCCCCCCACCAGGGACAUCCAACCCCUCCAGCAACAACCCCCCAGGUGGAAACCCCCACCACGCCGCCGCCACCAUCGAGAAGCGAGCAAACAUCACGUCUGUUUCUGCUUCUUCUGGAGGAGGUCUGUUGGCGUCGGGGGUCGGUGUCGGAGCCACGAUCUCAGCCAAACCUCAGAUCAUCAACAUGAAGGCGGAGGUCACUCGCUUCGUCCCCACGGCUCUGAGGGUGAGGAGGGACAAGGUGGGGGGAGGGAUGACGAUGGCCGGCGCUCACGAGAAGUCGGGGGUCGGGAGGCGGAAAGAUGAAGGCUUGGGGCUGAAACAGCAGGCGACCGCGGCCUCCAUGGGAUACGUGAACCCAAACCAGAUGGGGGCGGUGGCGCAGUCCAACAUGAAGAGUAAGGACCAGAUGUACGAGGCGUUCAUGAGGGAGAUGGAGGGGCUGCUCUGAGACUCAGGGGGGAGGGGGGGGGGGGGUCAUAGGGAGGGGUUUUCUGUGUGGAUAUAGAGUUGUGCAGGAAUGAGUUAGCAUUGUAGCGCUUCCUGCUCUGUAAGUCAAUGGUUUUCCGAAAGUGUUUUGGUUGUAAGCCAGAAAUAAAGUCUGUGGUUAACUCCUAAUGUUAGCGUUUUACUUCAGAAAUCAAAAUGUGUAAGUAUCAUAACGUUUUUUCCAAAAUCCAAUGAAAAACUCCCAUUGGCUUUUUGUGGAGGGAACCGGGAAGAUGCUGCCUUCAGGGUCGGACUACAAAAAUCAGACAUCCCUGCACCGCUCUUUAGAGGUAGCUGUCGUCUAGGUGUUCAGCUAGAUCAGCUUCUCUUCUGUAAGCACUGCUCUCAUUUCAUUUAGAAUUGUUGUUUUAAGGAGAAUUUAAUGUACGUAAGAAAUCAGAUGUUAGCGAUGGUUUGCUUUUAGGAGGCGGCUCAUAAACUGAACUCUAUUAACGACCAUGCUUUGUGUUCUCCGGUAUCUUCCCCGGCCAACUCUUUGUGAUUUAAAAUGACCAGAAAACACUUUUUGUACCAUUGUUAUUUUAUCUCCUAAACAUCAGAAUAAAGGUGUGGAAUAUUUCUCUUUCUCUGACGAAAAACACGUGUGAAACUGUCUGAUCUGCAGCUGAAUAAAUACUUUUUACCUCA